AUGGAGAAUGAAGAUGGCUAUAUGAGGCUGAAAUUCAAGAAUCGCUUUGAAUCGACAAAAAAAUCUAAAGAUGUCACCCUGUAUCUACAGUGUUACUGUCUCAUGCUAGUACUUGGAUGCAUUGGCACCCUUAUUGUCAUGAUGGCAGUAAUUGGCCUGAACUUUCGAGAUAGAGAAAUGGAUUUCUUUCAGAAAGCUAAUAUCACCGGCCUAGCAGGAACUAAUUAUGUGUGCCCAAGUGACUGGCUACUGAAUCAAGGAAAAUGUUACAGGCUUUCAACUUUUUCUAAAACUUGGAAUGAAAGUCAACGUGAUUGUUUAAAGCUACAGGCACAUUUACCUGUGAUUCAAAAUUCAAAAGAGCUGGAGUUCAUACAGAAGAGUUUAAAGUCUGGACAACCUAGUUGGCUUGGACUGUGUAUUGCAUCCCCAGGAAAACAAUGGGUAUGGAUAAAUGAACACCUUUUUGUGGAACAAGAGAUGUAAGUACUUAUUUGCAGGGGGGAGAUGGUGGUGGUAUUGAUGUUUUAUUUAUAGAAAGGUAUUUUUACUUAAGCUUCUUUGCUUUCUGGUAUUUUUCUUCUUUCUCUC